AUGACACGGCACGCUCAACUGGGACCUCAUGCACGCCCGCUUCUCGCCGCCAUCCUCGCCACAGGCACGCUCACCACGGUUGCCAGCGGGCCCGGCUCGAACUUCCGCGGCGUCGAGGAGCACAUCCGCGGCGUCGAGAGGUGGCUGGACGCGGAGGACCGCACGCUCAAGAGCCUCGUGUUCUGGGUGUACCCUGAAGGCCUACCGGGGCCAUACCACGAGACGGAGGAUGGACAGGUGAAGGAGCACGGGCUGUUGGUGACUAUUGAGCGGGGGGCGAAGGUGGCGGAUAUGCUGAAGGCGGUGAAGGGCGCGUUUGUGGAGGAGGGCACGGCGCAUGUGCACGUCCCUGCUGUUUGA